GUCCAGUUAAACGUGUUCCCCUCUAAAGAGAGUUUCUUUCUGCUUCUCAUUCUCCGGCCAGAAGCGCCUCUGAACUUUACUGCACACACGACACUUUUAUUACGGGUUUGGACUGAGAGACCCGCGCGCCAUCAGAGAGCUGAAUCAAGGACUAUAAGCGUUUCAGAAGGACACUGAAUCAUACAGGUGAACGAUGCUGUCCUUGCUUUUGCUGAGCAUGUGUUUCUGGGUCUUCUCAGCCACAGGGUCUUUCGAUUACGUUUACACUGAGCCUGAAAGCUCACUGAGUGUCAGCAUACCUAAUGAGCUUCCCCUCCGGCCUCUGAUGGGUGACACAUUAGUUCUGCCCUGCUACUUCCUGGACAACACAGUCAAUGACCCUGGUGCCCCCACCAAUGCUCCGUUGUCUCACCGAAUCAAAUGGAGUCUGGUCACCAAAGAAAAGACCACAAACAUUUUAGUGGCGUCUGAAGGGAUAGUAAACAUUGACAAAAGGUAUCUGGAUAGAGUCACCAUGCUGGGAUACCCCAUGACACCCACAGAUGCAUCCAUUAAGAUCACUGAGCUCCAUUCCAAUGACUCAGGAGUGUAUCGCUGUGAGGUCAUGCAUGCGAUAGAGGAUAGUCAUGAUACUGUGGAUGUCCAAGUUCAAGGUAUUGUUUUCCACUAUCGUGCAAUCACCACACGAUACACCCUUACUUUUGAGAAGGCCAAGGCAGCAUGUAUUCAAAACAAUGCAGUGAUUGCCUCUCCGGAGCAACUCCAAGCAGCUUAUGAUGAGGGAUUCCAUCAGUGUGAUGCUGGCUGGCUCGCAGAUCAGACUGUCAGGUACCCUAUUCAUGAUCCCCGUGAGGCUUGCUAUGGAGACAAGUACCAAUUUCCAGGAGUGAGGACAUAUGGAGUGAGAGACGUGAAUGAGACGUAUGACGUGUACUGCUUUGCUGAGAAAAUGACAGGAAAAGUGUUCCACACUACUUCCCCUAACAAAUUUACUUUUGAGGAGGCAGAAGCUGAGUGUGCAAAGCUGGGUGCCAACUUGGCCACCACAGGACAGCUGUACCUGGCAUGGAAGGGUGGUAUGGAUGUUUGUAAUGCAGGCUGGUUGGCAGACCGGAGUGUCCGCUACCCCAUCAACAUCGCCCGACCACAGUGUGGAGGGGGGCUGUUGGGAGUGCGUACCGUCUAUCUGUUUCCCAAUCAGACUGGUUACCCACUCCCAGACUCCCGCUAUGAUGCUUUUUGCUACUCUGAAAUGGGUGAGGAGGGUUCAGGCUUAUUUCCAUUUGAAAUCGAGAUGACCACAGAGGCCGGCAGUGAUUUUCUGAGGUUUGACACAAUCACAGAAAGCCCCCAGGCCUUUUUAAAGCCCACUUCCACAGAAAAUGAACUACAGGGAGAAGUUGUAACUUAUAAGCCCGCAGUAACCACCAGUGUUGAGUUCCCAUAUACUGCACUAAAUAUUUCCCAGCUGCCCCUUUCACCACCUCCCAGCUCUGCUGGGGUAGUUAUGGACAUUGUGGAAGGGGUCACUGACAGGACUGAUCUUGGCUCUGAUUUAUCCCAUCUGAAUGGAAGUGAAGCUAUCAUGUCUGCCACAGAGGUGGUCUUUCAUUACCGUGCAAGCUCCAGUCGUUAUGCCUUUGACUUUGUGGAGGCUCAGCUCGCUUGUAAGAGCAUCGGGGCAGUCAUUGCCAGCGCCCAGCAGCUGCAGGCAGCCUAUGAGGCUGGUUACCAUCAAUGUGAUGCUGGCUGGCUCUUAGAUCAGACUGUCAGGUAUCCCAUUGUGUCUCCACGUGACAAAUGCUCUGGCGAUUUGGAGCAUGUUCCUGGUGUGAGGUCUUAUGGACUGCGUCCUGCCAAUGAACUCUAUGAUGUGUACUGCUAUGUGGACAAACUGAGGGGCGAAGUUUUCCAUGCAAGUUCAUUCGAGGGAUUCACUUACGAUGAGGCAGUGGCUUACUGCCAGGACCAGAAUGCCUCCCUGGCCUCCACAGGAGACCUGUAUGCUGCUUGGAAGCAGGGCUUUGAUAAGUGCCGUCCUGGCUGGCUUCUUGACCGCAGCGUACGUUACUCCAUCAAUAACCCCCGGCAGCAGUGUGGUGGAGGGAUGGCUGGAGUUCACACGGUUUACAUGUUUCCCAACCAGACGGGCUCUCCUGAACUGCACUCCAAAUACGAUGCAUAUUGCUUCAAGGUGGAUCUGGCUCUAUCUCCGAAUAAGAGAGUGAAAGAGGAAAAGAUAGUGAACAUGACAUCCUUGCCUGAUCUUCUCAGACCUGAGAGUACCCCUAUCAUUACUUCCAUCCCUUUGGAACCCUCUGGAUCUGGUGCAUCUGGGGCCAGCAGCACAUACGAUCUGUUGAGCAGUGGGAGCGGGAAUCAGCCGAGUGGGUCAUCUAUUGCAAGUGGAGACUCCUCAGGGACCAGUGGCUCUGACGAUAUGUUGAGUAGUGGGAGCGGUUACCAGCCAAGUGGGUCAUUUGUUUCGAGUGGAGACUGUUCUGGGGUCAGUGGCACCGACGAUCUGUUGAGCAGUGGGAGCGGGGAUCAGCCGAGUGGGUCAUUUGUUUCGAGUGGAGACUUUUCUGGGGCCAGUGGCACCGACGAUCUGUUGAGCAGUGGGAGCGGUGGUCAGCCAAGUGGAUCAUUCGGUUCCAGUGGAGACUCCUCUGGGACCAGUGGCACUGACGAUCUGUUAGACAGUAGGAGCAGGGAUCAGCCAAGUGGGUCAUUUGUGUCAAGUGACUCCUCUGGAGCCAGUGGGAGCGGGGAUCUGCCAAGCGGGUCUGGAAACUCUUCAGGAUCUGGCAAUAUCCGAGUAAUCUUUUCAGAAAGUGACACAGUUUUAUCAGGAGUUGGAUCAGCUUCAGGGAAACCCGAGGAGGCUGGGAAGGGAGUCACCGAGAUCCUCACCUUCCCCUUCGACCAGAGCUCAGACCUCUUUGGUGUGGACACCUCUGGAUCAGGAUCAGGCAGUGGGUCAGGGUAUGGCUCUGAAGAAAGUGGAUCUACCUCAGACUUUUCCAGAAGCUCAGGAGAAAGCGACGAGAGUGGAGAUCUUUCUGGCAUCUCCUCAGGAUCAGGUUCCAGUGAGGAGUCCUCAGGAUUCAGUGGUUUCCUGUCAGGAAUAUUCCCCUCUGGAGGAUCCAGUGGCAUUUCAUUAAUUGAUGGCAGUGGCAUCAUCAUGGUUGAUAACCCACAGGUAAAGGUGUCCACUGCUCAAAAAUUAGAACAAGAGUUAGGUGGAAGCCAUGUGGAUUUCAGCGGAUCAGGACAUAUCUCAGGGUCUGGAAUGAGCAGUGAUAUCUCUGGAAUGAGCGGUGAUAUCUCUGGGAUAAAUGAUGAUAACUCUGGUAUGAGUGGUGAUAUCUCUGGAGUAAGCGGUGUCCAUAGUGGCUCUGGGAGUGGUUUAGCAUUUUCUGGUCUGACAUUUUUGGAGUCUGGCUUCAUUGAUCUCACAGAACAAUCUCGUGAAAAGGAAGCUUCUGGGCUUUUGUUUUUUGGGUCUGGUGAGGGAAGUGGAUUUACAUCCGGAGGCUAUGCCAUUGAAUCAGGAGAAAGAUCAGGGGAAUUAGUUAGUGGUGAUAUCACAUUCUUUACCAAUAAUGGCAUGAUGGAAAUACCCAACAAGCCCUUCCAAGGAAUGGAGCUAGGAAGGGGAGAGGUGGAGUAUAGUGGCAACGUCAGGCUGUCCUCAGGUAGUGGAGAUGACCAAAGUGAAUCCACGGUGAACUCCAGUGAUGCUCCUUCAGCUGUACUACCUGCUCAAGGGCCAUCAGGCCUGUACAGUGAUGCUGCAGGGUCUUAUUCAGAACCAGAGGGAAUCAUCAGUCAACUUGACGCUGUUACUUCUGCAGCUUUGUCUUCUACCACAGAGCCUGCCUCUUUACAGAGUCCAUCUCUCACCGAAGGACCUGAUAUGAAUGCUUCUCUUAACCCAUGUGAUCCGAACCCUUGUGGAGCUGGGUUGUGUUCAGUGAAGGAUGGGGUGGGCCUCUGUCACUGCCCACCUGGACUGCAUGGAGAAGAGUGCCAGUAUGAGGUUGAUGUUUGCCAUUCAAACCCUUGCACCAAUGGAGCCACCUGUGUGGAGGUAGAGGACACUUUCAAAUGCUUAUGUCUGCCCAGCUACGAAGGAGACCGCUGUGAGAUUGAUCUGCACAGCUGUGGGGAGGGCUGGACUAAGUUUCAUGGCAACUGUUACUUGCAUUUCUCGGAGAGAGAGACCUGGCUGGACGCUGAGCAACGCUGUCGAGACUUAAACGCUCACCUGGUGAGCAUUAUCACUCCAGAGGAGCAAGCCUUCAUAAACUCAUACGCUCAAGACUAUCAGUGGAUUGGACUGAAUGAUAAAACGGUGGAAAAUGACUUCCGUUGGUCAGAUGGGACCCCCCUGCAAUAUGAGAACUGGAGACCUAACCAGCCCGACAAUUAUUUUAACUCUGGUGAAGACUGUGUUGUAAUGAUCUGGCAUGAAAAUGGCCAAUGGAAUGACGUUCCCUGCAACUACCACCUGCCUUUCACAUGCAAAACAGGUCCAGUGACAUGUGAACAACCUCCUAAAGUGGAGAAUGCCAGGAUGUUUGGAAACAAGAAAGAUCGUUACCAGGUGAAUUCUAUCAUCAGAUACCAGUGCAGUGAAAACUUCACACAGCGCCACCUACCUGUGAUCCGCUGCUUGGCAGAUGGACGGUGGGAGAAGCCACAAGUGCAAUGCAUAUCAAAGGUCAAAUCCGGACUGCAAAAGGAAUCUUCUGUUCAUCAUCACUCUCAUAAAGCUAGUACAAAAAUAUUGGAGAAACAUCUCUAAGGAGACUUGAAGAGUUAGAGUUUAGUUUUUAAAACAGUACAAGUUUUAUAUUUAUUUUCCAAGACACUGAAUUAAGAAAAUACAUACAUUUCUGAUUAAAAAGUGUUAUUUUCAAAGAUAAGUGCCCAUCUUGUAUUGCCAUGAUGCAGCGAUCUGUCUCAUCCCUGCAUUAAAAGAUCAGAGACCAACCGAUCAAUUACUAGCAACCUUCUUAAAGAUGUCUGAAAAUAUUAGCAGAAGGUUUUCCUUUUGGUAAAAGGCACUGAGCGAAGAGCUGGAAGUGCCCAGUUCUUCCUCUUUGAAGGACACAAAAAUAUUGUGUUUCUCUGCUAGUAAGCCAAAAUUUAGGUACAUUCACAACCCUACAUGAUGAAAUGUGAAAUAUGAAAACCUAGAAAAGUUUAUAGCCAUAAAAGACGUUUACAAAAAAUCUUAUUUAUUUCUAAUACCUAACCAGACAGAUAAGAAAACAACUUGCACAAGGAUGUCAUUAAUUUGUUAUGCCCGAUUCAUAAUAUAAUGUGAAAUGAGAUUUAUUGAUUUCUCACAGGAUAACACAUAGUACAUCCAUUUUUGACUGGGCGUUUCCAUAUUUUCCUCUCAAAAGCCAUAAAUACAUAAUCAACAUCAGACAGGUGGUCAAAUCCAGUCAGAUUAUGAAUGUAAACCUAAUCAUGGAAAUUUACUUGAUUGUCAGAUGUUGUCUAUCGCCCAAGACUAUGCAGGGCAUAGUGCUACAUUAGGGGACAAGAAUGAUCCUGGAUCAGAUCUUUCUAAUAAUAGGUCAGAUAGAACUAUUAAUGACAAGUGCCUUGUGAAUAUUUUACAUUUUGCCUGUUUCGGUGAAGAGACUGCUUACUCAGUACAAGAGGCUGUGCCUCUUUCAUCCCAAAGGCUCUUUUAUACAGAAUAGCUUUAUUUUCAUCUGAUACAGUUGAAAUGACGAAUGCAGCAUGAACUGCAGAAGAUGCACAAACAUUUCUUAAAGGAUUUUUUUCCCCUCAUAAGUUACAAGCAGAACCAUACUCCAUGGCAUAGAAGACCCAUCAUUUCUUUCAUUGAGAUGGAUGAGUAACAAAAUUCAACAGUGAAAACAUGAGGGGAAACUAUACUGUCAUUGUGAUAAUCUGUUGUUUAUAAAGUAAGAGCUUUUAAAAUGUUCCAGGAGGAAUGUCUUCAGAUGAACUUUAUGUGUUUGAAUAACUGUAUAAUAGCAAAUGCAACUACUUUCCAUUAAAACAUUCCAUACAUCACGUUUAA